AUGAGAACGAAAACAACUCACGCUUCAGAGGUUCCUUCCGAUCCUCAAUCGGGAAAACAUCAAAUCAAUCUCAUUCGUGGUUGGCCAAACCCAGGUCUUCUUCCUGUUGAUCUCAUCUCAGCAGCUGCCCAGCGCAGUCUUUCUGACCCAUCCAUUUACGUCCCGGCCCUACAAUAUGGCGCGGACCCGGGAUACCAGCCACUGCGCGAAGCCUUGGCAACCUGGCUUUCUGAGCACUACCGUGUCGAGCGCGAUCCCAAUCGCAUUUGUAUUUCAGGCGGCGCAAGUCAGAAUGUCGCAUGCAUUCUGCAGAGCUUCACUGACCCUCAUGUAACUCAGGCCGUGUGGUGUAUUUCCCCAUCAUAUCAUCUAGUCUUUCAGGUCUUUCGGGACAAUGGCUUUAACGGUAGGCUGAGAGCUACGCCUGAAGACGAAGAGGGUGUUGACAUUGAGGCAUUGGAGGCUAAAAUUGCCGAGUUUGAGAAGAAUGCUCCAGAAGAUAAGCCACCUUUGAGCGAUGCUGGGAAGGACCGUAAACAUUAUCGUCAUAUCAUCUACGCUGUUCCCACAUGCUCGAAUCCUUCUGGCAAGACAAUGUCACUACGUCGUCGAGAAGCGCUCGUCCGACUUGCUCGCAAAUAUGACGCUCUCAUUAUCUGCGAUGAUGUUUAUGACUUCCUCCAGUGGCCCAUUGACAGCAAUCCUAACCAAGUAUCUGCGCGUGUGGACGACCAGGAGCACCCUGAGAUGCUACUCCCUCGCCUAUGCGACAUCGACCUCGCCAUGGGACAAGCGGACAAUGAUCCCCAAGGCUUUGGCCAUGCCAUAAGUAACGGAUCGUUCAGUAAGCUUGUCGGGCCAGGAAUGCGAACUGGUUGGCUGGAAGGCUCGUCCGCGUUUGCUUAUGGUCUUGCGCAGACUGGUGCAACCAAGUCCGGCGGUUCACCCAGUCAAUUCUGUGCAUCUUUGAUGGCCGAUCUAUUGCAGUCUGGGUCUCUUCAGGAGCGACUUGCAACAACAAUAAGGCCUCAGCUUCAGCACCGUCACCGAAUCAUGAUGGAAGCAAUUCACGAACACCUGGGACCCCUGAGUGUUGGCAUUCGAGAUGCUGGUCUCCCUGAGGGACUCGUUUACGGCGGAUACUUUGUGUGGCUCACGUUCGAGGAAGGAAUCUCAGCCAAGGUUGUUUCCCAAGCCGCGGUGGCGGAAGAGAACUUGGUGGUCGGUAAUGGGACUAUGUUCCAAGUGCCUGGAGAUGGGAAGACGGUUCAUCUGGACAACGCGGUCCGACUGACAUUCGCGUAUGUCCCAGAGGGAGACUUGGCUGAGGGCGUCAAGAGGUUAGCGGGCGUGCUACGAAGGAUCAAAGAAAACCCUGAAAAGUACACAGCAUCUGCCAGCACGACUGCAGAUAGCGACAUUAUUGAUGCCAACAAAUAA